CAUCACGAGGCCCCGCCCCUGUGCGCGCCCUGCCUCGUGCCCACCCCAGGGUAGCUGCUGCAUUCUACACUGCCUCCUCCACUGCCUACGGUCCUCGGAGCCAGAUCUCGGGCCGGAGCCUGAAAGGCAACCGGCCCGAGGAGGGGCUCCAGAGCCUAGCCGGGGGCGGGCGAUGCUGCAGCUGCUUGAUCAACUAUGGAGGCCGAAGCAGGAGGCCUGGAGGAGCUGACGGACGAGGAGAUGGCGGCGCUGGGUAAGGAGGAGCUGGUGCGGCGCCUGCGGCGGGAGGAGGCGGCGCGCCUGGCAGCGCUGGUGCAGCGCGGCCGCCUGAUGCAGGAGGUGAAUCGGCAGCUGCAGGGUCACCUGGGCGAGAUCCGUGAACUCAAACAGCUCAACCGGCGCCUGCAGGCGGAGAACCGGGAACUGCGCGACCUCUGCUGCUUCCUGGACUCGGAGCGCCAACGAGGACGGCGUGCUGCGCGACAGUGGCAGCUCUUUGGGACCCAAGCAUCCCGGGCGGUGCGCGAGGACCUGGGUGGCUGUUGGCAGAAGCUAGCAGAGCUGGAAGGCCGCCAGGAGGAGCUGCUGCGGGAAAAUCUGGCCCUUAAGGAGCUUUGCCUAGCACUGGGCGAAGAGUGGGGCCCCCGAGGUGGCCCCGGCGGUGCAGUGGGCUCAGGUGCUGGGCCCACGCCCGAGCUCGCCCUGCCACCGUGCGGACCCCGCGACCUAGGCGAUGGAAGUUCCAGUACUGGCAGUGUGGGCAGCCCGGAUCAGUUGCCCCUAGCCUGCUCCCCCGAUGACUGAGGGCGCCGCAUUUUCCACGCCAAUGUCUGCCUGGAUUGCACUCUGAGCGCGGGGAAUGCUGUGGACCUUCAGACCUGGUCGCAGCUUCGGCUGAGCACCAGGGCGCUGGCAUGGACUGGAAAAGCCCUGGCACUGAGGAGGGCCCCUCGCUCUUGCUGGCAGGGCAGCAGGGGGAAUGGAGGUUGAAGUGGAGGGACUUGCUGGGUGGUUGGGUGGGGACUAAUAAACUGGGAAGGAAGCAGA